AUGCUGGACGCCACUUCUCUGAUCCCAUUCAAUCAGCCUUUGUCUUUGGGAGCUGAAAUCGAACACGUUAAAGCAGCUGCUGGCGGCGGAUGCCUUGGCGGUAAUGGAGAUUUCACUUGUCGUUAUUCAGAAUUCAUCGCCAAACUCAAUGGUCGCGGUAGGGUGUUUUUAACGACAUCUUGCACGUCUGCCUUAGAGAUAGCCGCGAUAGUUCUUGACGUCAAACCUGGAGAUGAAGUGAUUGUACCUUUAUAUACCUACGUAUCCACUAUAAACGCCUGGCUGCUGAGAGGAGCAACUCUUGUGUAUGUUGAUGUUGAGCCGGCAACUAUGAACAUCGAUCACAAAUUGAUCGAAGCUGCCAUAACACCCAAGACAAGAGUCAUUGUGGCUGUGCAUUAUGCAGGUGUUGCGUGCGAGAUGGAUAGCAUCAUGUCACUUGCCGAUAGAUACAAUCUACUUGUUGUAGAGGAUGCGGCUCAAGCCCUUACAGCCACCUACAAGUCACGCUGUCUUGGGUCCAUCGGGGACAUCAGCUGUUUCAGUUUCCACGAAACCAAGAACUUCACAUCUGGUGGCCAAGGUGGUGCACUAUCCAUUAAUAAAGAAUCGCUUCUCGCUCGUGCAGAGAUCGUGUACGAUAACGGAACGAACCGAAUGCAGUUUCUUCGAGGUCUGGUCAGCCGGUAUUGCUGGGAAGAUAUCGGAUCCAACUUCUUCAUGUCAGAGGUCCAGGCCGCAUACCUGUGGGCUCAAUUUGAGAAAGCACCCAUGGUACAGAGAAUACAUCAUGAGUUUUGGAGCCGGUACGAAAUUCAUCUUCAGCCUUUGGCAAGCCAAGGUCACAUAGUCAUGCCCUCGGUCCCAUCUGUAUCGGGCUACAAUCCGGUCGUUUUGUAG